AAUUACCUGUGAACUAUGAGAAGCACAAAAACAAAUUGUCAUGUUACUUUCAAAUUAUUUAAUCUACCUCACGACGAUAGUUACAAAUGUAAAAAAGAAUUCCAUGAGAGUCUAGCUGGGAAGUACAACAUGAUGGCACCAACACUCAACUCAGACGACAAUAGCCCGUGGACAUGGUCAAGAUGCAGUCGAAAGUUAAUCACAGAUUUUCUUGAAAAUAUUGUGAUAAGCUAUGGUGUACUGUUGGAAGAAGCACUGAUCAUUGUCGAACUCAACAUAUGGCCUGGGCUGAUGGUUCACCUUGCAACCCCAACUCUUGGUGAUAAGGGACGGUGUGUUCGAAAAAACUCUGAGCCAAAUCCAGUUGAUGGAGGUUGGGGUAAAUGGGAGCCUUAUGGCAACUGUUCUAGAACUUGUGGUGGAGGUGUGAAAAAAGCAACUCGUUUGUGCAAUAAUCCAUCACCACAGUAUGCUGGGAAAUACUGUAUUGGACGUAGGACACGUUAUCGUUCAUGUAACACAAAGCCUUGUGAAGACGGUCAAGAUUUCAGGGCAUUGCAAUGUGCUGCUUAUAAUGGCCGACAUCUGAAUGUCAAUGGUUUGAAUAGUGCUGUCAGAUGGGUGCCUAUGUAUCAUGGUAUUCAUGCUAAGGAUCAGUGUCGUCUCCACUGCCGUGUAGCAGGUCGAAGUCACUACUACCAACUUGCUCGGAAGGUUAUCGACGGUACCUCGUGUGGACCAGAUACGGAUGAUAUUUGCGUGGAGGGGAUGUGUUGGAGGGCGGGCUGUGAUCAUAUCUUGGGUUCAAAAACCAAACGAGAUGAUUGCGGUGUAUGUGGAGGAGACAACACAUCCUGUAGGACUGUUACUGGCCAGUAUAAUGUCAAUAUUUAUGGUUAUAACUUUGUGAAUCAGUUCCCUGCUGGAGCUAUGAAGCUGGAAAUUACACAGUCUGCUGCCUCUAGGUAUAGUUCAAGAAUGGAUGAUGAAAUUUAUUUAGCUCUAAAGAACAGUAGUGGACAUUGGAUAUUGAAUGGUAACUCAAUCAUCAGUACUGCCAGGAGGACUAUUCCUUUAGGAGAUAUAUUUAUAACAUACAGUGGAGCAGGAAUGGCUGUGGAAAACAUAACAUGCAAUAAACCACUUCCUCAGGACCUUAACCUUUACCUUUUGACAAUUAGCAAUGAACAACCAAACAUUCGUUAUGAAUACAAAGUGCCUGUAGAAGGUAGAUCUGUUUACGUAUGGGAUGCCUAUGGUCCUUGGGAACCAUGUACAAGUAUAUGUAAAGGAAGGAAAAGUAGGAGAAUUCGAUGUUUAAAACAAGUUGAUAGAAGACAAGUAGAUGUAUCAUUUUGCCUUGGUAACAAACCUGCGCCUAUUACAGCUAACUGCAAUUCAAAAUGCAAAUUAAGCUGGGAAAAGACAUGGGAAAGUGAAUGCUCAUCAUCCUGUGGCCUUGGAGAAAAGACACGAACAAUCAAAUGUAUUAAGAUGCCAAAGGGCCGAACCUCUGGAAUUAUUGUUGGCAAUGGUAACUGCUCACAUCUACAAAAACCACCACAAAGAGUUGUUUGUAAUGGACAAUGUCGCCAGAGAGCUAAAUGGAUUUACUCUCGUUGGUCUGAGUGUUCACGAUCUUGUGGACAAGGUACACAGAGACGAAGUGCUUAUUGUAGUGAUGGCAACAGAUGCGAUUGUUCUGUGACGUGUGGUACGGGAACUAAGCGGCGCCAUGUGACUUGUGAACACAAUAGAGUACGGGUCCGUCAUAAUCAGUGCAAUCCUAGACUCCGACCUGUUGAUACGCAACCUUGUCAAGCAGCACCAUGUCCUCAGUGGGAAGGAGGGGAAUGGUCAGAGUGUUCUGUCACAUGUGAAAGUGGCUAUCAGCGAAGACAAGUGAUUUGUAGAGAUGGGUCAGGUCGCAGGACUCAGCCAUAUGAAUGCAAUGCUGCGAUGAAACCAAUAGACAUUCGUUCAUGUCACCUUCCAGAAUGUAUUACAAUAACAACGACCUCUGAACCUGUUAUUAGUAGACAAGUAACUAACUGGAGAACAGGAGGCUGGACCUCGUGUUCGGUGACGUGUGGGUCUGGUACCAGAGAACGUCUAGUCAGCUGUCUUGAUGAUGAUAACAAUCUAGUUCCUGAAUCUUCAUGCAACCCCAGUGAAAAACCAGAGUCAAGAGAAGAAUGCAGUAGAAAAGAGUGCCCUCAAUGGCGAACAACACACUGGCAACCGUGCUCUGUAUCCUGUGGUUCUGGAAUACAAAGUCGUAAUGUAGCAUGUAUGUACAGUGACAACCAGGAAACAUCUGGGAAUGAAUGUAACAUAAUUGAUAAGCCAGAUGAAGAGAAGUCGUGCCAUCAAUCGUGCAGAUCAAAAUGGAUCAGUGCUCCGUGGGGAGAGUGUUCCAAAACAUGUGGUGGUGGAAUCCAAGAACGUUUAGUAAGAUGCCAAGAUGAAGAUAGAACAUGUGAUGAGCAAACCAAGCCAUCAACUACUCAGAAAUGCAACAAUGAGCCAUGUGCAACCUGGAACUAUGGAGAAUGGGGAGAGUGUUCUCAUAGUUGUGGUGGAGGACAUAAAUCGCGGGCAAUCGCCUGUGUUGCAGAAGACGGAAGAACAAUUGAUAUGAACAAGUGUGACCCCAGGCAAAUACCAGCAGACAAGAUGCUGUGUAACACACAUGCCUGCUCCAACAACUGGAAUAGAGGCAGAUGGACACCGUGUACUGUGACUUGCGGUAACGGAUAUCGUGAACGUACUGUAACUUGCCAUUCUGCAACUGGACAGAUGAUGCCUGACAAUUUCUGUGGUGUAGAUAAACCAGAAACAAAGAAGUCAUGUCAUAAAGGACCAUGCAUCACCUGGGAGACUGGUCCAUGGAGUGAGUGUUCCACCACAUGUGGGAGCGGGAAGCGUACCCGUGCCGUGCAUUGCAUGAACGGUAGUUCCAUCGCACCCAUGUCCGUUUGUACAACAAACAAACCUUCAGAUCAGAAAGACUGCCAUCGUAAGCACUGUGAGACAUACAAAUGGAAAACACAAAACUGGAGUAAGUGCUCAAAGUCUUGUGGUGGAGGUACUAGAACUCGCCGUGUGAUAUGUGAGAAUAGAAGUGGUAUUCAGGUCAAAAGAGAGUACUGUAACGUUAAUACUAUGCCACGUCUGACCAAGAGGUGUAACCGGGAAGCUUGUCCCGUUUCUAAGCUACCGCAUGCUUGGGUGGCUGGUCCUUGGCAGGAGUGCUCAACCACUUGUGGAGAUGGUGUCAGCACAAGACAUGUGAAAUGUCAGGUGAUGGAUCCUGGGGGUUUACCCCUCACAAAUGAGGGUAAUAUGUGUGAUUCUGAAUCACGCCCCUCUGUUAGCAGAAGGUGUAAUGCUGGGGAAUGUCAUUGGAGUCACCAAUGGCGCACUGGGCCUUGGAGUCAGGAUUUGCAUACUGUAAUGUGUUUUCUUGUAGGUAAGCCUUCCAGCUGUGCUGAUCUUAAGCGCCUGUUUGGAUUCUCAACGGAUAAGACGUACACAAUCAUGCUUCAGGGAAAUGAACUUGAGAUAUAUUGUCAUCAAAUGGACUCUUCAAAUCCCAAAGAGUUUCUGUCUUUAAAAAAUGAACGAGAAAACUAUUCCGAAAUUUAUCCAAAGAGGCUACUAAACCCUUAUGACUGUCCUAACAAAGGAAGACGAGAUGACAACUGCAGAUGUACCUUACAGGGUCAUGAUGACGCAGGGUACACAUCAUUCAACAAAAUUAGAUUUAAUGUCACAACUAUGGAAGUUAUAGUUGAUGAUGCAACAUUCUCCAGCACAAAGGAAGGACUCUUUGUGCCGUUUGGGACAGCAGGUGAUUGCUAUAGUGCAAAGAAAUGCCUACAAGGGCAAUUUCGUAUGAAUUUUGAUGGAACAGGGUUAGAAUUAGCACAAACUGCUAGCUGGACUACCAAGGGAAAUUUAGCAACUUUUUCAAUAGACAGGGAUUUUAAAACAAUACGUGGGUCCUGCGGUGGGUUUUGUGGCAAAUGCGUACCUAUCAGUUUAAAGUUAUCAUUUAUAUCAUGACAUGGGGCUCCUAUGUAUUUAGGUUGAAUUUCCUUUAAAAGAAGUUAUGUAUGAAGAUAUAUAUCAUCUUGGUACAAAUUGUCCAAGUUCAUGGGGCUGCACAUGUACAGUGAAUUCUUGUAAAUUGUGUAUAUUUUUACAUUUAACAAAUAAAGAUUUAUUUUUGUUAUCUCAAAAAGGUUAGCUUGUAGGGUGAAUGGCAUUGCCAUUGAUACUACUCCUGUUUUCAGUACUUUUAUUUCUCUUAUUUAACUUUCUUUUUAAUUUUUUUUACAAUGGAGAAACUUUUAAACAAAAUCAUUAAAAAUUAUGUUCCAAAUACAUAUUCAACAGAGUUAAACAAUAGCUUAAUGAAAAGUUUUGUUUAAUUUUUUUGUAAAAUUAAUGUUUAUAAAAAUCUGUCUUAUUCUUAGGAAUAAACAUAGUAUUUCUUUAAUUUACCUAAAAUAUCUAUACUAAAGGGUAUUCAUGAUAUUUAAUUAUUUGUUACAUGUAUGAUUACAGAAUGUGAUCAAAUGAAAAUAUUACGCUAUGCAUUAUAAUUUUGAUAGGAAGGGUAAACCUAUUUCAUUUAUUUUAUUUAUAAAUGAAAGAGGUUACUCUUUCUUUUACUAUUCCUUUGUUCUUUUAUAGAAGGGGUAACUCUAUUAGUUAAAUUUACAUUUUUGGUAGAAGCGGUAGGCAUACUGUAUUUGUUUUGAUAGAAUAGUAAACAUAUCUGUUUACUUUUUUUUAAAUAAAAGCUGUAAACUUAUUUUUGUACUAUUUCUUUAUAUAUUAAUAGAAAUAGUAGCCUCAUUUGUUUACUAUAUAAGUUUGUGUUUAAUAGAAGUCGUUUCCCCUUUUAAAGGUGCUUUAUAACAAUCUUGUUAACAUUUUACAUAGUCUCUCAACAGUCUAAUCCUUGUGUAUGGGGAAAACUUACUUUAAAAGAUGAAGGUGAUGAUGAUGCAUGUAUCUACUUUAUUUUAUGCAUUUAUUUGAAGGAUAAACUUGGGUGCAAUUUUUAAAUUUGUUAAGAUAAAAUUUGCCAACUAAUUUUAGUAUUUAAUGAUGAAUAGUUAUUGUUUUAUUUGUGAUUUUAUUCAAGUGAGGGAAAUGUGGAGUGGAGUAGAAUAGCUUAGUAGUUAAGGUGCUUGCUUCCCAAUUCCAGGGUUCUAGGGUCAGUUCCAUUUGGACUAAAAAACAACUCUUUAAGGCUCAUUAUGAGACUGAUUUAAGAAGGAUAACCGAGUCCUGUGGAGACCAGUAUUAUUAGUCUACUAAACAGGUUACCUAGAAGGUAAAUUUAAUUCUAUCAUCAUUGUGUACAGGACACAUGAUGUACAGUAACCAUUGUAUAUAUUUUUAAAUUCUGGGAUUCUAUUUUAUAAACUAGUAACAUAUUUUGUUUAAACUAUGUUUGACCAAUAUAAUAAAUCCUUCACCAUUUUAGGAAUAAAUGUAAGAAGUUACCAAUUUUAGAAAUCAAAAUAAUCUCAAAAGUUAUGCACAGUAUGUAUGCAUAUGCUGCUAAAAUGUAAGUUAUUUAUUUUUAUAUUGUAUUAUAAUAAAAGGGAGUGCUAGGAUUUCACUUCUGUGGGAUUACAAAUUAGUAUUAUCUAUAUUGCUACUAAAAUAUUAUUAUUAUUAUUACUAUUAUUGUUAGUACUGCUGUUGUUAUGUUAUAAUGUUAAAAUAGAACAGGGUUUGUAAUGUUUCUGAACACAUUGAGAGUACAUGUUUUAUGGUGCUAAAUGAGCUGUUUUCAAGCUAUGCAAUUAAAUCUUAAGUUAUUUUAUUUUGUAUUUAAAAAAAAAAACAACAUUGAUAUUUUGUUGACCGGUGCAUAUGCAAUGUUUUAUAAAUAAAUAUAUGCAGCCACAAAUUAUUAUGAGAAUAUCGUAACAUGUUGUAGACCAUUAGUAAUCAAAACUGUUCUGAGUUAAUCUUCCAUUACUCAGUACCACAAUAUGGUGCUUCGUUGAACCUCCCGUUGUUUGCACACUACCUUAACACAGUUUGGGCGUUUUGAGUCUUGGAUUGUAGAUGAUAUCAUACCUCAACAUAGUCUUUCCGAAAUCACCAACAAACAUUGUGUCUGUGCACAAUUGUAUUCUAGAUUGACUCUAUAUUUUAUGUAUUUUGAUAUUGAUAUAAAACCUUUUGUACUAAGUCUAACAAUUAUUGAUUAAUAUGAAAAGAUAUUACAAUUAAUUGAAAGAUCUUGUCAGUAACUUAUCAGUUAUAUGAUAAAUCAAAUCAAUUAAACAUUUAUUAAUCAUUUUAGUGGUAUACCAAUCAUUAUUUUAAAACAUUAUAAAUAUUAUACAAUAAUCAGUUUUAUUGAAAGUUUUGUUGAUAUUGUAACAUUAUUUUUAUUCCACAUUUGUUUAAAUUAUAACAAUGUAUACAUGCUGCCUUUAUUUUAUUAUCAUGUCUUUUUUUUGGUAAUUAUGAGACUAAUGAUUACCUGAUAACUUAUUUAGGUUUUUCAAUUAAUUAAUUUAUUUACAUUCAAAUAAAUCAUUUGUGAUUCUUCUAAGAAACAUACCUUUUUUUUUUUAUAUAAGAAUUAUAAUAAAUUAACUUGUGUUUACAAGUAUCAUAUCUUAUUUUGAAAUUGGGGGUGGUGCUUCUAUCAGAAUGCAUUUCACAUUUAGUUGGAAAUUCUUUGGCUGUUUAUAGAUGUGGGUGUGUGGCUGAAUGCCUUUUUUACCACACUCUGAACAUCUCAUUUAUGUACUUUGCACAGCAGAAGAUAUUAAUGUACAGUGUGAGGUUAGAACCACCAGCUGCUAAGAGCCCAAACCGCAACUCCCUUGACUUCUGUAUGUUAAAUUGAUUUUUUUUAUGAAUGAUGAAAAUGAUUGAUCAGCAAAGUUCCACCGCUCUUUUAACCCUUUCAAAGUUUCAUGUACUUAUCCUUUGUUGGUAAUAUAACCAAUAAUUUUAAAAAGAUGUAUUAUAAAUUUACUGAAAGACAAACAGCCAGUUUGUGUUACAUUGUAUCACAUCUUUUUAAAGUGUUUUUGUGAAUAGAUCUGUGUAUAUUUAUAUUUAUUGAGUGUUGUGUGAGAGUAUAAAAGUUUCUAAAUUGCUGGAUAAAGUGUUUGUAUUUUGUGUGUAGUGUAGAGUUUUUAUUUAGUUGUACAUGUGAUGUAAAAAUAUGCAGAAAGAACAAAUAAAAUAACAUAUUUUAA